CACAUAUCAUUAUCCACAAGUUUCAGAGCUUCAAAGAACCAACUUGGCAGAGCAAAGAGCCAUUUCAAUGGAGGCAACUUCACUUCUAAGCUCUUCAUCAAAAACCCAUUUCAUAUUCCAUCUCAAAACUUCAUCUUCUCUCAGAAAGUACUCCCAAUUUGUGAACUUUGGUGCCCAAAACCGCCAUGUUUCAAGCUCUCUUGUUACUUGCUCAGCAUUUGCAGUACAAGAAACUUUGGAAAAGUCAAGAGACUCCGUCACCACAACUUCUUCUAAGCAUAACAUAAUGCCAAAGAUUGAUAAAAGUGGCCGGUUUUGCAGCCCCAGAGCCGCCCGUGAGCUCGCUCUAUUAAUAGUUUACGGAGCAUGUUUAGAAGGUUCAGAUCCCAUUCGGCUUUUUGAGAAGAGAGUAAAUUUUAGAAGAGAACCUGGUUAUGAAUUCGACAAGGCUUCAUUGUUAGAAUAUAAUCACAUGAGCUUUGGAGGCCCCCCUGUGACAACAGAUACAGUUGAAGAAGCAGAUGAGCUUCUGCACAAUGAUGAGAGGGAGUCUGCAAUUGAAGAAGAAGUGCUUUCAGCUCCUCCAAAGUUGGUCUACAGCAAACUCCUUUUGCGUUUCACAAGGAAGCUUUUGGUUGCAGUUAUGGAUAAGUGGGAUAGUCAUGUCCGUGUUAUUGACAAAGUUGCCCCACCAAAUUGGAAGGAUCAGCCAUCCGGAAGAAUUUUGGAGCUUAGCAUUCUCCACUUGGCCAUGUCCGAAAUAGCAGUUCUAGGAACGCGGCACCAAAUUGUGAUUAAUGAAGCUGUUGAUCUUGCAAAACGGUUCUGUGAUGGAGCAGCACCACGCAUAAUCAAUGGAUGUCUUAGGACCUUUCUGAAAGAUCUUGAAGGAACCGGCACAACUGAGGCCUCAGAGGUUAAGGAGGAAGUGCCAGUUGAAGUAUGAAGUGAUGCUGUUUUUGACCGUUCUCUGCUCAGAUUGUUAGGAUAUCCCACAACCAAAAAGGGCUGAAGAACCUCACUUUUAUGAUUUUGCAACCCUUACAAGAGCUUAAUCUAUCUGGGUUGUAGAGUAGUUCCCACUAAAAGCAUUAAGAUUAUAUGUAAAUUUGGUGGGAGAAAUUGACAAUGUCUUACUAGCAGCAGAUGAGUUUCUGGUGAAUAACAGUGCUUGAGAAGAGCCAAAAAGAGCAGAUUCUAUGUAUAUGAUUAUGUUGUAGUUCUAAAUCCAAUGUUUUUGUAUAAUGUUAAUGAUGAAUAUUUGUUCUAUAUUCUUCUUGUUACUUGACUGCUAUAUUUGAGACAGGAACA